AUGUCAUCAAUACCAUCCAGCAGCGCCUUUUCGCGCACACGAUCAUUGCGCAAACUCACCAAGUCAGAGAGGGGCGGCGCCAUCAACGGGGAGACGGGCAAUAUCUCUUCCAGCAGACUGCCCGUCAAGGGACAACUCACGGAGACAGCCAGCGCACCCACGGCAACGCGAACCUCAAGAAGCGCCACCGCCGAUGCCACCACUGCGAGAAGCAGCGACCUACUGUCCGGCGUCUUUGCGCGUAUCACGUCGUCAUCGACCCGCUCUCGAGAGACGGGCAGCCCUACGCCCGAGACAUCACCGCCUGGCCGUCUUACCCGUGCUGCUACUGUGCGUCAGCCAUCGACGUCAACCAGGCCUACCACGUCGGGCGGCGGCACGGUCGCUGGACCAAGACCAACCACCUCCUCCGGUGCGCCGACCGCCCGCCGGGUCUUCUCAGGCGCCAGCGUUGGUCAAGCGACCGACAAGGCACCCGGACCCCGGCACGCCCGCGCCAAGUCGUCCGUGACGACCCUCUCCAGCGCAACCACCCUCCGCCCGCCGUCGCAAACCUCCACCGCCAGUUCAUCCAUCACGGCGACAGCAGCAGCACCCAAGCCUGCUCCAAGUACCACCAACACUGGGAAUAACACCGGCAUCCUCAAACCAGCCUUCAAAACCCACCAACAAUCUUAUACCCCGCUCAAACCCUCCGCCCCCAAACCCCCAACUUCCCUUUUUCUCGCCCCGCUGUCACCCUCCAAACAGCCCACCAACAUCGCGCUGUCGGCCGAGACAGCGCGCUUGCAGACCGAGUUGCUGCAGCUGCAUCUCUUGCACCGCGACGCAGGGCGGGUGGUUGACGAGUGGAAGGCCAGUGCGCGGGGGAAGUUGGAGGAGAAGUUUGAGCGGGUCAGACAGCUGGAUGAGGAGAUUGGGAAGUUGGAGGGCGAGGUGGAGGAGGGGAGGAAUAUAGCUUUCAUUGUGGAUUGGGCUAGUAACGUUGGCACGAAGUUACUAUUGUUGGAGGAGAAGGUGGUGAUGCUGGAUUCUGUGGUGAGCGGUGUGUGGAGUGUCGUUGGGGAGCCGGGGGGGAGGUAUGAGAGGGUUGCGAGGGAGUUUGGAGAGUGGGUUGCCAGGGUCGAGGGGAGAGGAAUUGGGGAUGAAGCAGCAGCGUUGGAAUUGAUACCCCCUCUCCCGCCCACCUGGCACGAGGAAGCCGCCCACCUCGCCCGCCGCCUCGACGACUGGCGGAGAAAGCUGCGCGAGCUCGGCCAUCUCCCCACUUCCGCCCCGGACAACACAGACGGAGACGGAGAAGCAGAGCCAGGGCCCAGCCUCGCCCGGAUCCUUGCCGGGUGCCGUGCGCUGGUGCAUGGGAUGCUGGCCGAGCUGGACAUGAUGGAGCAGAUGCAGCGGGAUGCGGCGGCAGCGGAGAUGCGGUGGGUGAGGGAGAUGAACCGGCAUGGACUCCGCGGGACGGACGAGGGGCCCGCGAGGGCCGGAGCGAUCUGGCGGGUCCUGUGA